AUGCUGCAGAUGAAGCAGAUGGUCCUGCUCGCCGUCAAGGGCAGCAAAACAUUACCGGAUGCAAGCGACAAGUGCAUCCUUCCACAAUCCAUCCUUGAAGCGCUCCUACAGGGACAUGCGCAUGGCCAGCUUCCGUCGCCACUGACAUUUGCAGUGCGCAGUCAUGCAGGCAGACUCACGCAUGUCGGUGUUCAGGAGUUUGACGCCGACGAAGGCACCGUUGUCUUCCCGCCUGUUGUCCUGGACAAUCUAGGUAUCACGGCGUCUACGCGUGAUGGCAAAGACUUGCGCGAUGUGGCAGCGCAUCAAGUGACCAUCACGCAUACGAUCCUGCCAAAGGGUGAGUACGUCUUGCUACGACCAUUCGCAUCAGGCUACAGCCUUACAACGGAUUGGAAGACGGCCUUGGAAGGGGCAUUCAGGAGCGCCUAUACCUGUCUCACAAAGGGCGAUAUCGUCAGGCUACGUGGCAGGAGUGAACGGUUUCUGGUGGAUGCGUUGAAGCCUGAAGACGCUCAGGGCGUGUGUAUCGUCGAUACAGACCUCGAGGUGGACUUGACGCCCCUCUCGGAUCAACACGCACAAGAGACGCUUGAUGCCAAUGUCCAGCAAGAGGUAGCACCUCCACUUGUCUUGGGAGAGCAGGUCGCAGGAUCAAGCACAGCGCAGUAUACGCUGAGCACUUGGGAUCGGUCAGCGCCACUCUACAUCUCUGCACAAGCCGAAGCAGAUGCAGAAUUGGUUAUGGAUACGCAUCCAGAGCCAACACUACACCGCCACAUCUGGUCAGACUUGCGAGGUUGUGUCCGAAAGACUAUUGACAUUUUUCCCGGCAAUACAGCGUUGCAGUCUUCCGAUACGCUUUACCUGUCCAUAACGGGCGCUCACACUCUGACGGUCUCUCAGCAACGACAACCAAAGACAAUACCAGAAACACACAAGCAAUGUCCCAAUUGCAAUGAAGCCAUUCCAGCAGCGAACCUAUUUCUGCAUGAACGCCACUGUGUGCGCAAUACAAAACGCUGUGCUGUGUGCCAUCAACCGCAUGCCAUCACUCGACCACAUCAGCACUGUGAAGUUUGUGGCGAGGUGUAUGAAGGAAGCAGUGCAUACCACAUUGAGCGCCUUCACACUCCUCAAACGUCCCUCGCGGCACAGCAUAGGGCAACCACUUGCUCUCUGCGUCUAAGAGGCGAUCUCAGCACACUUGGUUACAUGGACAAAGAACGCGGAUUCACGCCACAUGAAGUAGAGUGUGGUGCACGCACGAUCCAAUGUGACGUGAUGGGUUGUCGACGUCUCAUCAAGCUCAAGGAUGUCGCUACACAUCAACGCUUCCACGAUUCACAACGACUGACACGCAAUCUGCCCAAGUGUGAGUGA